CAGGGGGCGGGGCUGAGCGUCCAAAGACUGGAGGAGAGCUGGGCCCCAAAAUAAAAGAGGAAACAGAAGGGAGCCGGCCUCGGGCCUAGCUGGGCCCCCACCGCAGCGGAGCCUCCGGAGAGCCAGGACCGCAGGUUUUCGGGGACUAUGCCUCCUGACCCACGGUGACGACCUCGCCGCCAUGAACAGUAAUAGCAGCCUGCUGGCCCCUCCGUACCUGGGGGCCACUGUGGAGCCGCCCUCUACUGCUCCCCCCUAUAACGGCUCGAGGGGGCUCAUUCCUGCAGGAACCCCCACUGUGGGCACCUGGCUCCUGUCCCUGGGCAUCGUGACUGUCAUUGGGCUGGCGGUGGCAAUGGUUCUGUACAUCAGAAAGCAGAAGAGGCUGGAGAAGCUCCGCCAUCAGCUGAUGCCCAUGUACAACUUUGACCCGGCCGAGGAACAGGAAGAUUUGGAGCAAGAAUUGCUGGAGCCGAACCGAGAUCUGCAGCCCCAGGGAAAGGUUCUGCUCACCAGCCUGUGCCCUCUGCAGAGACCGACCCGCCUGGUGUUCACGGAUGUCGCCAACUCCAUUAGCGCCUGAGGAAGGUUCAUGACUCGUCUGUCUGGGGUCGGUGUCACUGACUUACCGCUGUGUCUGCGUCACCUGCCCAUGAACUAAUGACCACUGCGGGGCCCAGUGAUGGAGGGGCCCGCACAUCUCUGAAUACACAGUGCUCUGCUGGAGGGCGAUCUACGGAGACGUGCUGCUCCACAUAGAAGUAUACAGGGGCCAGGCGUAUAGGACCUGCAAACUCCACCCACAGGGCGCUCCACCUGUACGGUAAUACUCGCCCCCCACAGAGCGCUCCACCUGUACGGUAAUACUCGCCCCCCACAGAGCGCUCCACCUGUACGGUAAUACUCACCACCCACAGAGCGCUCCACCUGUACGGUAAUACUCGCCCCCCACAGAGCGCCCCACCUGUACGGUAAUACUCACCACCCACAGAGCGCUCCACCUGUACGGUAAUACCCGCCACCCACAGAGCGCUCCACCUGUACGGUAAUACUCACCACCCACAGAGCGCUCCACCUGUACGGUAAUACCCGCCACCCACAGAGCGCUCCACCUGUACGGUAAUACUCACCACCCACAGAGCGCUCCACCUGUACGGUAAUACUCGCCACCCACAGAGCGCUCCACCUGUACGGUAAUACCCGCCCCCCACAGAGCGCUCCACCUGUACGGUAAUACUCACCACCCACAGAGCGCUCCACCUGUACGGUAAUACUCACCACCCACAGAGCGCUCCACCUGUACGGUAAUACUCGCCACCCACAGAGCGCUCCACCUGUACGGUAAUACUCGCCACCCACCGAGCGCUCCACCUGUACGGUAAUACUCGCCACCCACCGAGCGCUCCACCUGUACGGUAAUACUCGCCACCCACCGAGCGCUCCACCUGUACGGUAAUACUCGCCACCCACAGAGCGCUCCACCUGUACGGUAAUACUCGCCACCCACCGAGCGCUCCACCUGUACGGUAAUACUCGCCACCCACCGAGCGCUCCACCUGUACGGUAAUACUCGCCACCCACCGAGCGCUCCACCUGUACGGUAAUACUCGCCACCCACCGAGCGCUCCACCUGUACGGUAAUACUCGCCACCCACAGGGCGCUCCACCUGUACGGUAAUACCCGCCACCCACAGGGCGCUCCACCUGUACGGUAAUACCCGCCACCCACAGGGCGCUCCACCUGUAUGGUAAUACCCGCCACCCACAGGGCGCUCCACCUGUAUGGUAAUACCCGCCACCCACGGGGCGCUCCACCUGUAUGGUAAUACCCGCCCCCCACGGGGCGCUCCACCUGUAUGGUCAUACCCGCCCCCCACGGGGCGCUCCACCUGUAUGGUCAUACCCGCCACCCAUGGGGCGCUCCACCUGUAUGGUCAUACCCGCCACCUACGGGGCGCUCCACCUGUAUGGCACUACCCGCCACCCACAGGGCGCUCCACCUGUAUGGUCAUACCCGCCACCCACGGGGCGCUCCACCUGUAUGGUCAUACCCGCCACCCACGGGGCGCUCCACCUGUAUGGUCAUACCCGCCACCCACGGGGCGCUCCACCUGUAUGGUCAUACCCGCCACCCACGGGGCGCUCCACCUGUACGGUACUACCCGCCUCCCACAGGGCGCUCCACCUGUAUGGUACUACCCGCCACCCACGGGGCGCUCCACCUGUACGGUAAUGCCUACCGCACAGCUCCGCAGAUGCCCUCUGCUCCGCAGCAGAGCAUGAACAGCACUGAUCGCACUUGCCUCCCUUGCACGCCGCUGGAUGAUGAGCUGUUUAACCCCUCAGUUGCUGCUGAGUUGACAUCACGCCCAGGCUGCGAUGCUGUUGAGCCGCCAGAGAUUCCCGGCUGCGCCAUUUUGUAGGUUUGAUAUUAAUUUGUUUGGAUCUUUUGUGCUUAAUUAAAAAUUCUUCAAAGCCCAGGGACGGUGAAGGUCAGUGGCGUGAAUGAUCGGAUCAGCGUCUGGGCCUCGCGUCUCCCCGGUGCCCCUCUCUCAAGAACCAAAGCCUCGGCAUUAAGAGUUAAGGCAAAACGCCGCUCCCCCCGCAGACAUGGAUGUGUGAAGGGGGUCUCCGGGAUCCGGGGCGACUUCUGUGUCCGCACGGCGGCAGAUUAAAGAGAUUGUGAAAUA